AUGACCAAUUGCAAGCCGAAUCGCACCCAAGCCACUGGCCCUCUUGGAUCCGAUCCUGAGGGAGAUCCUAUGAAUGAAGAGUGGAAUUAUCGAUCCAUUGUUGGAAUGUUGUUGUACCUAUCAACAAAUACAAGACCGGACAUCAGUUUUGCAGUGAGUCAAUUGGCCCGCUUUAGUUCCAAUCCAAAGCAAUCACACGCAACUGCUGCAGUCAUGACAAUUCUAAGUUACCUGAAGCGCACCCGUGACAAGGGUACCAUUGUCAAAAUUGAUAGAAAGCUUACCUUGGAUAUGUUUGUUGACGCUGACUUUUGCGGACUUUUCAAAGUUGAACCUGAUGCUGACCCAACCUCUGUCAGAUCUCGCACUGGAUUUGUCAUCAAGCUGGCUGGUUGUCCCGUUACUUAG